CCGGCCACAGGUAACGCUCUCACGGCGGCUGCCCUUCUGCGUUUACGCAUCGACGUACUGGACGAAAAUGACUCACCGCCGGUGUUUUUAGAGCCUGCCUCUGUCGUGACUAUUGCCUUGCCAACUCAGCCAAAUGCUGCAGUUGCGCAGUUUCUGGCCCACGAUGCCGACCUGGGGGAUGUGGUGCCCAAAAUAGUUGCAUCUGAAUCUUCUGAGCUGUUUCUAGAGUUCGACUUAUCGUUUGAGAUUCAUAUGACCCGAUGGGAGGGGCGUUGUCUUGCUUUCCAGGGCGCAUGGGUUCGAAUCCCACCGUGUUGGUCUUUGCCUGACAGUGCUCAUCGACUGGUAUCAAGAUGA